AUGCCGGUGGCCUAUUCAGUGGUAACCUAUUUAGAAGCCAGCCGGGACCUUUGCGAGACUGACUCAAUUCUUUUUUGCGCUGCACUGGCAGUAUGCCGUAUUAUUGGCGCCAAACUUCCCAUGGCUGGACGUGCUACUCGACAAAGUAGUGCCACCCCAGCCUGGAGAAAAAGAAUCGAGGACCGUAUCGCAAAGGCAAGGGCCCUUAUCGGCAGACUGACAAGCUUCAGGUCGGGUAAUAAUAUUCGAGAGUUGUGCACACCGUUAGAAUGGCGUUUGCUAGGACAAAUAUUAUCCCAGCCGGAUAUCACGCAGAAACUAACGGAGCGCAUAGAUGACCUGAAGCAAAAAAAUCAGUGCUUGGAGGAAGCGGAUUCGACGAUUUAG